AUGACAGAUCCAUUGCGCCCUGUAGUCUUUUGCGGCCCAUCCGGUGUUGGAAAGGGAACCUUGAUCGAGAUGCUCAUGAGGCGAUUCCCCGACGGCCAAUUCGGUUUCAGCGUUUCACACACAACCAGGGAACCGCGUGAAGGAGAAACUAAUGGGGUUCAAUAUAACUUUACGACAAAGGAGGCCAUAAAGAAUGAAAUUGCGGAAGGGAACUUUAUUGAGUACGCCGAAGUGCAUGGAAAAUACUAUGGAACGAGUGUGGCGGCUGUGGAAUCUGUCCGAAAGCAAGGGAAAAUAUGCAUCCUGGACAUUGACGUCCAGGGAGUGCAAAAGGUAAAAGAAAGCAGCCUCCAACCGUUGUAUUUGUUUAUUUCUCCACCUUCAAUGGAAUCGCUAGAAAAACGCCUUCGUGGCCGAGGUACCGAGACGGAAGACCAGAUGAAGAUGAGACUAGGAAACGCUGCAAAAGAGCUCGAAUAUGGGUAUGUCAAGAAUGGCAAGAACGACUAA